CAUCACGCUCUCUCUUUCUCUCUCUCUCCCUCUCUCUCACACACACACUGUGAUCGGUCGGUCGCUUUCACGUUUCGGGGGUCGGAUUUCACCUCUCCUGCUGUCUCGGGUCUAUUACUAUUGAGUCCUCUCUAACAUCCAUAUCAGAAGUGGUUGGACCAUAGAGCGCAGACGUGUGUCGCCAUUGCACCCGUGUUUGGAUUCAUAUAGGAUAUUCUAAACUUCUGUGAGAACAUGAACGGAUACACGGGAGUCAUUUCGUUUUGCUCGUGAGUGCAGUGUAGAUUGGGGGUAGGGAAGCACAACCCCGUUUCUGACCCUUACCAUCACCACGGCUACAGGACCGGGGACCGGGAGUGCUGGUUUAUUGUUUUGUUUUUGUUGCCGUCGCUUUUUGACGUCGUUCUCUCCACUCUCGUUUGCCCACUGAAUGAAGACUCCUUUCUGACACGCAGUUAUGGAAACGGGAAUCUAUUAUUCUCACUGUUGAAAUGACUGUUGCUAUUGUAGUUAAUUUCUCACAGAUUCAUUCAUUUAGCGCUUAGUCCUUCGAGGAUUUUGAGAGAAGAUGGAGAGUGUGGAGAGGGAGUGCGGUGCUCUAGGUGGAUUAUUCCAGGCUGUUGUAAACGAUAUGAAGAACUCAUACCCCGUGUGGGAGGAUUUCACUGCCAAAGCCACUAAGCUCCACUCCCAACUUAGGACGACUGUGCUGGCUGUAGCUGCCUUCCUUGAUGCCUUUCAGAAAGUUGCAGACAUGGCCACAAAUGCAAGAGGUGCUACCCGGGACAUCGGCUCGGCCCUGACACGGAUGUGCAUGCGUCACCGUAGCAUUGAGGCCAAGCUGCGGCACUUCACCAAUGCUCUUAUGGAGAAACUCAUCGGCCCUCUGCAGGACAGGAUUGAGGAGUGGAAGAAGACCGCCGCCCUGCUGGACAAAGACCAUGCCAAAGAGUACAAGCGAUCCAGGCAGGAAAUUAAGAAGAAAUCCUCAGACACCUUGAAGCUGCAGAAGAAAGCCAGAAAAGAACUCCCGGGAAGGGGAGGUCUGCAGCCCCAGCUGAACAGUGCCAUGCAGGACGUGAGUGACAUGUACCUGCUGAUGGAGGAGACGGAGAAGCAGGCGGUGCGGCGCUCCCUCCUGGAGGAGAGGGGGCGCUACUGCAACUUCAUCAGCAUGCUGCUGCCUGUGGUGAAUGGAGAGAUCGCCAUGCUGGGAGAGGUCACUCAUCUGCAGGCCAUUAUUGAUGACCUCACAGUACUGACCACCGAUCCACACAAACUGCCUGCUGCAAGUGAACAGGUCAUCGUGGACUUGAAGGGCUCUGAUUAUAACUGGUCUUACCAGACACCCCCAUCCUCCCCCAGCAGUGUGGGCUCCAGGAAGAGCAGCCUGUGCAGUUUGGUCCACCUGCCACCUGGUGGCGCCCACCGCCUCAGCAGUGUGUCAUCUCAUGACUCUGGCUUCAUCUCCCAGGAUGCCAACACCCACUCCAAGCCUCCCUCUCCCAUGCCCUCCGAUAUCACCAGCCAGAAGUCCUCCAGCUCUGCCUCGUCUGAGGCUUCUGAAGUGUGUCAGUCUGUCAGUGAGUGCAACUCCCCCACUGCGUUUGGCUCAUCCUUUGCUACCUUCCGUCCUGUUCACUCACUCACUGGCUCCAUGAGGCCUCUCUCUUUCAUACUUCCUGUGUCCCCUCAUAACUAUUCCCCCGGAUCAAACACCCCCUCACCCACAUCAAAGGUUCCUUGCUGGAAGGAUUGGGCCAAGUCAAAUUCCUAUGAGCUGUCCAAUGCCUAUGAGCCUCGUGCGGCCUCUCAGGCUCGGAGAAAUGACCCUAUCGAGAGGCUCAGGGAUGCGGAGAGCCCGUACAUGACCAGAGGGAAUGCUGGGAUACAUCAGGAGGACCCUCAAAGGGCAAGGAUGAGCCCUGUUACCGUGGCACCCAAGCAUAUGAAGCCCAUGUGCGCAGCUGCGAGUGAGCUGGCCAUGGUGUUGACGCGCGGCUUGACUGUGGAGCAGCAGAAGAGCAGUCGCGACUCUCUGCAGUACUCCAGUGGAUACAGCACUCAAAACACCACACCAUCAUGCUCAGAGGAUACCAUACCAUCACAUGGUUCAGACUAUGACAGCUACUCCAUGAACGGUGACGCCGACGUCGACCCUCAGGCGGACUUUGACAAGUCCUGCACCGUCCCUCGCCAUAGCAACCUGGCUCAGAACUACCGGCGAAUGAUUCAGACCAAGAGGCCUGCCAGCACGGCUGGGCUCCCUGCAGGCAUGGGCACCAAAGUGGGCACGCCGCCCCAUGGCGCUGCCCCUCACGGCGCCUACUCCCACCCUCACAGCCCGUCUGAGACCAACGGGUCCGGGGGUGUCACUGUCAGCGGAAUGGUCAUUUCCUCAGGGACAGCCACCAUUCGUCGAACCCCGUCGACUAAAGCCGGGGUGAGGCGCACCCCGUCGAACGUCGGCCCCAUUCCCAUCCGGCCCCCAAUCGUCCCUGUCAAGACCCCCACCCUCCUGGACUCCCCAGGGUUCCCCCCUCCGCCCCCGGAGACCAACGGCAGUCUGGAGAGCCUGUAUGUCGACGACCUCCCGCCAGGAGCCCUGGCCUCGCCCAAGCGCCUGAGCCUGCCCACCCAGCCGUGGAGCUCUGCCGGCGGGUACGACCCCAGCCUGUACCCCCUGCAGCCCUCCGGUCUGGAUCUCCAGCAGCAGCAGCAUGAGGAGAUGCUCCUGGCCGCUAAUCGCCACACUCUGGUGGAGCAGAUCGGCGAGCUGGUGGCCAGCGCCCACGCCCUGGGUGAGGGACAGUUCCCCUUCCCCUCCCAGACAGAGGGGGCAGUAGCGAGUCAGAGCCAGAACCUGGGCCCCAGGGAGAAGAUGCUGGUCCCAGAAGGGGAGGACAUGCUGAAGACCAUCCGCAGGGGCGUGAGGCUGCGGAAGUCGGUGUGCAAUGACCGCUCGGCACCACGGGUCAUGCCCUAGACCCAACCAUGCAGGAGUUUAUGCCUUUGGCUCUUGACCACAAGCUAAGGCUGAAGAUUGGCUGCCUCUGUCUCAAAUGUGGGUUGGAUGGUUAUAUAGGUUUUUUCAGGGUACCUCAGCACUUACCGAACUGAUAUAGAUAAACUGAGUAAUGUGAGAGUAUUUCCAUCUGAUUUUUCAAGACCUUGACAGGAGCUGUUUGGGAGGUGACGGCUAAAAACCUACAUACCCACAGUGGCCCAUUUGUAACAGAAAUGAUAUCUUUUCCCUAGUGGAGUGCUUGUAGAAAUAUAAUAUGAAGAGUUAGCUAUAAUUAACAAGAGUAACUGCAAACAGCUUAACUAAACUGACAAAUUAAAUAACCACUGAAUGACCGCGGUCACUGUAAUCUCCACGCAUAUGCUGUAUAUAUAUGGACAUGGAUAAACAGAGAUUUACAAGUGGAAUGUUCUCUAGAUGAGUCAGGUUGCCUGACCUCCAGGGACUGCUGAAGGUGGACACUGCCAGUAAAGUUUUGAUGUCAUCGCUUUUCGAUGAGGAUAUGAUGUCAGGGACUAUAUGAUGUCAUGAAUCCCUUGCCUGUGGAACUGUGUACAUGUGACAUGUCGGGAUUCACUGGUAUAUCACACAUGACGACUGCUGACAACCACAUUACACUAAAACACUACAACAAUAAAAAAUAAAAUAAAACAAAAACACAAACAUAACGCCAAAGCAUUUUGUUCUUUAACCUUUAGAUACAUUAAGCACAAAAUGGCUGACACAGCACUCAGUAGAAUGGACCCCAGAGGUGAGCCUCAUAAUUUAACACUGCCAAAUGAUCGGCUGGAUGUCUUAUAUUCCCUUUACACUAUGUACUGUCUUUCAUGUAGUCCUUUUGAGGAGAGUAUAAAUGUUUUUUUUUUUUUUUUAAUUUUUGUUUGUUUCUUUUUCUACUGUGUAGUGUAUGUCAUUUUUUCGUCUCAUAUUGUUGGUAGUAGUAGUGGAUCAGGGUGAGGGGAGAGAAAGUAGAUGGGACUGGUUUCCCAUUUGCUAAGUUGCUCCAAGUUACUUACCCACUUAUAUGGACUCCACGGUGAGUACCAGAACUCAUGGUAAACCACGAGCUGUUGAAAAGAUGAAAAUGCAUGUCAAAUAAAAUAACAAGCCAUAUUGUAGUGUUUCUUGGUUUUUUUCUUGCUUGUUGAGCAAUGUAACAAUUAUAUUUCUAAUUUCAAUGAAA